GGUCUAAGUUCAAGCUGAACCAGCCCCAGUUCUAACAGAACCAGUUCGGUGGUUCAAGGGGACAUGGCUGUAAAGGGGACAUGGCUGUUCGAGGGGACAUGGCUGGAAAUCCUCACUGGAUUCCAUUUAUAAGCAAAAGGAGGAACCCAGCUUGACUCAAACUGACUCACGGUCUAUUUCGACUUCAGCUCAAACUCAAAAUGAACCUCCAGAAUUGGUUCUGUGCAGACCCCCUACUCUAAAUGGCUUGGGACCAAAGACCCUACAGGACAACCUUAUGCUAUAUGAAUCUGCUCACCAGCUGAAGUUGUCUUAAGAGGCUCUGUUAUGGAUUUCUUCCCUCGCCUAGCCUAUGGCCUGAAGUGCCAAUAUUGCAAAGAGGAGAAAGCCGAAGGUUGUAAAUAUCCUGUGAAUGUUUGUUACCCCAAAUAUAAUGGCGUGUGCUUGUCAGUCUCUGUCUAUCACGGAGGCACUCUGAAAUUCAGGAUGGAAGGCUGCACAAAUAUUCCAGCAAACUGCCGCAAAAACUAUAAGAAACGUGAUGGUACCACCUGGAAGUCAAGAUGCUGCUCCACUGAUUUGUGCAACCACAGGAAAAACGAUAUUUAGUCAUGCUAAAGGGAAACUCAAAAAGAAUAAAUAUGUCCAUCACUUUUGAGACAGGCCUUCUCGAUUGCUGCCCCAAGACUGUGGAAUGCACUCCCUGCUGAGAUGAGAUCCUCCUCAUCUCUAUUUUUAAAAAACAUCUGAAGACCCAUCUCUUCACCCAAGCUUUUUCAGCUUUUUAAAUUUGUAGGUUUUAAUUUUAAGGUGAUUUUAAAUUGUUAAACUGUUUUAACCUUUUAUAUUUGUUUUAAUUGUUUUUAUGUCAUUGUUAACCGCCCAGAGAUGAAAGUUUGGACGGUAUAUAAGUUAGAUAGAUAGAUAGAUAGAUAGAUAGAUAGAUAGAUAGAUAGAUAGAUAAAAGUUUGGUUCAGGCUCCUAAACAGAAUGUAAGGCCAGUAGGCCAGAAUGAAAUUGUUCAAGUCAAGGAUGUGAGGCCCAUCAGCCAAGAGGUAAAAAUACCAGAGCCUGACAGGAGACAAUGUAUGAGACCAGGGUCAUGAGACAAAUCCUUCACUCAGCAGAAAGAAAAAUAGCUGUCAACAGGAGAUGCUGAUAAGGAGUAGGGUCAGCAGACAGGUCAGACAGGAACUCAUGUCUAAGGCUCUAAUUGGCACAACAGGAAAGCAUUUGUUUAACCACAAAUGACAUAUAUCGAUAGAUAUACCCAUUUGCUUGCUUAUUUUUAAAUUGAAUAAACUGGCAACUGUAUACCUUGGGUGCGCAGUGCUUGUCAGACUUCUGACUUGUACACUGCCUUCAUGAUCAUGAAUAAAAGCUAAUUUGAGCACAUAG